UAUGGCUUGGUCUUUGUCCCUUGGUUCCCUUGUGAUCAUGUUCUUCUAAGCAGCUUCCUUUAUAAGUAUUACUAAUACCUCAUCCGAAUUCAACUAUGCAAGUACAGGUUUACUGAAACAGGAUUUUCCAGUUCUUUAGAGUUUGUUCCUCCAGCUGCUGCUUCAUUGUUCCGAAAAACUUUCUUUAGAUUCAUAUUCUUGAUACAGGUCGAGGCCUAAAUUGACAACGAGACAUCUCCUGGAGAAAUAUAGAGUUGGCUUUUGUUUCGACAGCUAUAUCUGUUAUUUCAUGCACCACAGAGAUUAUUAGGUUACGUCGUGGUUACGUUCUGUUGACAUACAGAUAAUUAUUUCACAUCAUAAGUUUAUGAUGGGGAGAAACAGCGAAGAACAAGUUAUAAUACAUAAGAGAUCAAAGGCUAGUAUGGAUGUUGAUCUGAGGAGAGCCCUGUUUACUCAGAAGCCAAGGUCACCAACUGAAAAUGGCAGGCCAAGCAGUAUGGUUUUUAAGAAAGCCCACGUGGUGAUUCCGGCUCAUAUAGUAGCAGAAGCAAUUUCAACACUCCAUGGUCUUGAUUUGAGAUGGUCAGGGCCUAUCACACCUACAGAAAUGAAUUAUGUUGAACAGUAUGUUCUAGCCAAGUAUCCAGAAUACUCAAAUGCGCUUGUUGAAGGAGGAGAAAAGACAGAUCUUUAUGAUCUUUGCAUCAAAGAAGAGCCUGCACAUCUGUCGCCUGAUGACAAGCGAAAAUCUCCCAGAGGUGGUUUUAGGGAUUCAGUGGCGCCAACAUUUGGAAGCAACCAUCCUGAUUUAGACAAAACACAGUUAGAACCGUCAAGGCUUCAAGACGUUCUUACAAAGAAGUCGUCCUUCUUAGGAAGUUUCAUCUCCAUACCAGAAAUUCAAGCCAGAAAUAAAGUUUUGAAGCAGUGUGGAUUACCUGAUGAGGAGUACCUUGUUAUCUUCACUUCAAACUACAAAAACGCAAUGAUGUUGGUUGGGGAGAGCUAUCCCUUCUUCCGAGGGAAUUACUACAUGACAAUUAUUAAGGAAGGAGAUGAUUACAUUAGAGAAUUUGCAAGUUACAAGGAAUCAAAAGUGAUUGCAGCACCGGAGACUUGGUUGGAUUUGAGGAUCCGUGGAUCACAGCUCAGCCAGUACUUCAGAAGGAAGAGUAAGCACACUCCAAAGGGUCUAUUUUCAUAUCCAGCUGAUGUAGAUGGCACCAAAUACUCUAUGCAUUGGGUUUCUGAAGCGCAUAGGAAUUCCUGGCAUGUUUUGCUUGAUGCCACUGCACUAAACGUGGGGGAGGAACGAAUGAACCUGUCGCUCCACAGGCCAGAUUUUGUUCUGUGCAAGCCUGACAAUACUAAUGCUCACCCUUCAGAUAUCACAUGUCUGCUAAUCAGGAGAAGAUCUUUCGAUACAGGAGCUUCAGUUUAGGCAUACGAGCAAGCAGAUCACAUCUCACAAGAAACAUUAGUAUGAAUUGGCUAAUUAUCUGCUGGAGACUGUUUCAUUAUAGACCGGUUCAGUUUAAAUCGUAUAUGGUAACCUCUGAACUGGCUCAACUCCUUUCUAAAACUCAACCUCACUUAACAUUGCGGUGUUUAACUAAGGGCUGAUUGCCCUAUGCCACCGCAUUCAAAUUUCUUCUAGUACGAACGUGAUACAAUAAUUUCUAUCAGUUACAAUUGCAUCACAGAUAAAUCUAGCAAUUUGUAUUAGUUGCCAGUCAGGUAGCGAUGAUGACACGGGUAUUUGCUAGAAAUUUGUAUAUGCAACAGAUCCACCACGAGUGUAGAUUACAUGGUGAAUAACUGAAUAUUGUUGGGGAGGACUGAACUUCAAGAUAUCUAGUCUAGUAUAUGAAGUUUUUGAUAAUACAUGAAUACACGAGCCCUCGUGAAGUUAUUAAACAAGA